UGUCUGGACAGCUGAGUUAUUCAAGACAAUUGAUGACAAGCCACUGUCAACCAACUGUCAUAUUUGUUUAUAUUUAUAAAAAAGUUUUUAGAAAUUUACAUUCAAGCCUAUUUUCUAAUCUAAUAAAAUUGUGUUGCUGCUAAUUACUUAAAUUUUCAAUAAUUCUUAUUUUAAUAUAUGAAGUGUCAGCAAAAGGCAGUCUAAAAGAUUUCCCCAUUAAAAUUUAUUAUACAAUGAUUUUUUUUAUUUAAACAAAAAAGUGCAAUUUUUACAUACAAGCAAAUUUAUGUAAUAAUAUGGAAAUAAAACAAGAAAUUAGUGAGACAACUUGUAAAGUAGAAAUAGAUAAUGUUGGUCAUUUGGAUGCAUUCAAAAUGAAAAUUAAAGAAGAACCCAAGACCCAAAUUGCUACAGAUCAAGCAUUUGAUUAUGUUAACUUAAAUGAAUUCCCUGUAAACACUAAAGUAGAACAAGAUGAAAAUAAAUGUACACUAUUUGACGAAAAGCUAACAACAAAUGAAGAAGGGUCCCUCCAGGAGGAAAAUAACAUGAACGUUAUGGAAAUGAUACAUUCAUCCCAAGGAAGUUAUACAGCUCAACAAUCUGAAGAUAAAAUAUUAAAUAAAAAUACGCAGGUUGAACAAAGGCCUUACAAAUGUAAAAUUUGUUGCAUGCAGUUUACUACUAGCAGCAGUUUGAAAAGACAUUUGAGUACACAUACUGAGCAAACAAUUGACAAGCGUAAACCAUACAAGUGUGAAAUUUGUUUUAAGCAGUUUAUUAGUAACCGUGAUUUGAAAAACCAUUUGAGAGGGCACACGGGAGAAAAACCGUUCAAGUGUGAAAUUUGUUUUAAACAGUUCAGUGUAAAUAAAACCUUAAAAAUACAUUUGAGAGGGCAUACUGGAGAGAAACCGUACACGUGUGAAAUUUGUUUUAAGCAGUUCGUUCACGGAAGUAGUUUGAAAAGUCAUUUGAGAGGGCAUACUAGAGAAGAACCCACAGAAUUUAAGUGUGAAAUUUGUUUUAAAUACUUUACUCAACUACGAAGUUUGAAAAGACAUUUGAGAGUGCAUACAGGAGAAAAACAUCACAAGUGUGAAAUUUGUUUUAAACAGUUUUCUCAAGCAAUGAAUUUGAAAAGACAUUUGCAAGUGCAUACUGGAGAAAAACCGUACAAAUGUGACAUUUGUUUUAAACAAUAUAGUGACAAUAAUAGUUUGAAAGCACAUUUGACAUUGCAUACCGGAGAAAAAUUUAAGUGUGAAACUUGUUUGAAACAGUUUAGUCAACUACGUUGUUUGAAAAGUCAUUUGAGGAUGCACACUGAAGAAAAACCGUACAAGUGUGAAACUUGUUUAACGGAAUUUACUACAAAAACUUAUUUAAAACGACAUUUGGAAAUUCACAAUGAAGAAACACCAUACAAGUGUGAAAUUUGUUUUAAACAGUUUUCUCAAGCUAUUAAUUUGAAAACACAUAUGAUGAGUCACACUGGAGAUAAACCGUACAAGUGUGAAACUUGUUUAAAGAAAUUUGCUACAAAACCUCAUUUAAAACGACAUUUGGAAAUUCACAAUGAAGAAAAACCAUACAAGUGUGAAAUUUGUUUUAAACAGUUUUCUCAAGCUAUUAAUUUGAAAACGCAUAUGAUGAGUCACACUGGAGAUAAACCGUACAAGUGUGAAACUUGUUUAAAGGAAUUUACUACAAAAACUUAUUUAAAACGACAUUUGAAAAUUCACAAUGAAGAAAAACCAUACAAGUGUGAAAUUUGUUUUAAACAGUUUUCUCAAGCAAUUCAUUUUAAAGAACAUUUGAUGGCUCACACUGGAGAAAAACCGUUCAAGUGUGAAAUUUGUUUAAACCAAUACACUGCAAAAACUAAUUUAAAACGACAUUAUUUGAAAAUUCACAGUAAUUAA